CCACAACAAAAAAGAUAGAAGAGUCAAAAUUAAAACCAUUAAAAAUAAUCUCAAGAUAGAAAUAGAGAAUCUCCUCUCUUCCUCCUCCCCAUUUACUAAAAUUUCCACACACACUUUCUGUACUCUUCCUCUGUAUUUAUCUCUGUGAACUCUUCUUCUUCUCUCUCUCUUUCUGUCUUUCACUGUGUAAUCAGUCACUUCUUUUGAGUCCUCUCUUUUUCAAUUCAUUCUAAUUCUUCUUCAGUUACUUCAAUAAAUUUUAAUAAAUUAAACUUCUCACAAGACCCAAAAGAAAAAAACAACUGAUUUCUUAAUUUUUGAGAGUUCUUAAUGGUUUGCUGCAUGGCUAACUCAAGUUUCUGCUUCUUGGAAACACAAAGUUUUGAUUUUUCUUCACCUACCCAUUUCUGGGUUUACACUAAACCACCUCCUUAUUGCUCUUUUUAGUAAAUUCCAUUCUUAAAGAUUAGUUCUUUGUUUUGGGUUUCUUCAUCAUCAUCAUCUUCUUCAAUUGAGUCUGGGUUUUCUGCUAAUUGAGGAGAUUUAAUUGUUAAAAGUACUUUGGUGGAGAAGAAGAAAUGGGGAUAAUAAAAGUGGGGUUUUUACUCUUCAUGAUCAUUUUUCAAGCUCAUGAAUCUACAGGGUACAGAAUAUCCCGAUCUCUAGAUAUUUCUUCUAUUCAUCCUCCUGGUGAAGAAAAUUCACCUAACAUUGCUUAUAGAAAGAAGUUUAGCAUACUAAGUUCAUUGACUUCGCCCACAGGAUCAGCCGUACCUCUUGCUGUAGCAUCACAACCUCGUGCAUCUGCACCCAUAUCCCAACCCUUUGAAGGUUUCUUACCAUCCACGGCACCUAGUCCUCCAUCAGUCGUGCCAUCACUUAAUUCACCACCGUUGCCUCAAGUCAUUCAAGGAGUUGAACCAUCCAUGGCACCUAGUAAUCCAAUUGUUGUACCAUCUGCUGAGUCAAAACCGGCACCGGAACCUUUGCAGGGGUUGGUCCCAUCAGUGCCACCUAUUCCUCCAGAUGUGUCGACAGAUUACAUUGCACCGACUAAGCAAUUCGUUCAAGGAGUUGUUCCAUCCACACCACCUAGUGGUCCAGUUGUUGUGCCACCUGAUAAGUCAGAGCCCGUUCCCCGACCCUUGCAAGGGAUAGUGCCAUCUUCACCACCUAUUCCUCCAGAUGCGUCAACAGAUUACAUUGCACCGAUUAAGCAAUUCUUUCAAGAAGUUGUUCCAUCCACACCACCCAAUGCUCCAGUUGUUGUGCCACCUGAUAAGUCAGAGCCCGUUCCCCGACCCUUGCAAGGGAUAGUACCAUCUUCAUCACCUAUUUCUCCAGUGGAUGUGCCACCACAUAACUCAGCACCGAGUCCCGUAUCUGUUGAAGGAGAUGUACUAUCCACCCCACCCAGUCCGCAGGUUAUCGUGCCAUCAAAUAAGUCAGAACUGGCUCCCCAAUCCUUGCAAGAGCUAGUACCAGCAACUUCACCUAGACCUCCAGUGUUUGUACCGUCAGAGAAGUCAGGGCCAAUAUCCGAAGUUGUUCAAGGCAUUGUACCAUCCAUGCCACCUGAACCUCCAACCUUUCUGCCGUCAAAUAAGUCUUCACCCCUCCCCCAAGUUGUUCCGGGAAUUGUACCAUCAUUGUCCCCUAACUCUCCAGUUGCUGUGGCAUCAAAUAAGUCGGCACCAAUGCCUCUAGUUGUCCCAGAUGUACCAUCAGUGCCCCCUGUUCCUCCAAUCUCCGUGCCAUCAGAUAAGUCAGCACCGCCGCCCCAACUUGUCACAGAGAUUGUACCAUCAAUGCCACCUAAUCCUCCAGCUACCGUGCCAUCAAAUACGUCAGCACCAAUGCCGCGAGUUGCUCCAAUAAUUGUACGAUCCAUGCCACCUGUUCCUCCAAUCUCCGUGCCAUCAAAUAAGUCAGCACCACCACCCCAAGUUGUUCCAGGAAUUGUACCAUCAAUGCCCCCUAUUCUCCCAAUCACCGUGCCAUCAAAUAAGUCAGCUCGAUCGCCUCGAGUUGCUCCAGUAAUUGUACCAUCCGUACCCCCUACUCCUACAAUUUCUGUGCCAUCAGGUACGUCACCACCAUUGCCGCAAGUUGUUCCAGGAGUUGUACCAUCAAUGGCCCCGAGUUCUCCAAUCACCAUUCCAACAAAUAAGUCAGCACAGCCACCCCAAGUUGUUCAUGGCAUCGUGCCAUCCAUAUCUCCAAGUCGUUCAAUUGUUGUGCCGUCACAUAAAGUAGCACCUAAGCAGCAAGUCCCAAAAGGAAUUGUGCCAUCCAUGCCACCAAGUGUUCCUUCUCAUGGAAUACCACCAGGGAGCGGGAUACCUACCAAAAUACCACUCGCUCCAGCACCUGUUGGAUCUCCGCCGACCAUAAUUCCUAGAAAACCACCAGCUAUGCACCCCACCAUGCCGAGAGUAGCUCCGCCAGUGGCACCACCUGUCGAAUCACCACCAGGAGAACAUACAAGAAAUCCACCGGCUGCACACCCAACCUUGCCGAAAAUAUCUCCGUCCAGCGUAUCAGAACCUGCUGCUUCUCCAUUAUCAACUCCUCCGUCCAGCAUCAGAAAUAAAACACGUGUAUCUCCAGUUGCUUCCCCUCCAUUAGCCAACCAUUCCCCACCUGCUAAAGCCUCUCCACCGCGCAAAUCGAUGAGACCUUCUGAUAAUGCGCCUGCACCUUCCAAGUUGUCUCCGGGACCCCUGAAAAGCAGCCGGGUUCACAGUCCUGCAUCCCCACCCACACAUUCAUUCCGCAAGUAUCAUCAUUCAAGAAGAAGUGCUAGAACCCCUGCCCCUGCACCAUCGUUUUUGUUUCCUCCACCAAUGUCCUACCACCAAGGCCCCGCCACUGCCCCUCCUACUUCACCUUCUCCAAUAGCACCUCCACAGAAGCGUACACGAAGGCGUCGUCAGUAUCCUCCACCUACAAAUCAAGCCCCUGCCGUUUCUCCAGUUAAGCCUCCCUUCCCUUCCACAAUCAGGCACCAUUCACCUGAGGCUUCACCACUAUCACCUGCUCGAUCUGAGCCUUCGCCAAGGCCUAGUCUGCCUCCUAAAAGCUCACCUUCAGGUUCUCUGUCAAGGAAGCCGAAGGCCCCAUUGCCGCCACCAAUUAUUCAGGCAUUACCACCUCCACCUCCUAAUCAAGAUUGUACUGCACUUGCGUGCACAGAGCCAUUGACGAAUAGUCCUCCUGGGUCACCAUGCGGUUGUGUGGCCCCAAUGCAAGUGGGGUUACGUCUUGGUGUUGCAUUGUACAAUUUCUUCCCAUUGGUUUCAGAGCUAGCCGAGGAAAUUGCAACAGGGGUUUUCAUGAAGCUAAGCCAAGUGCGUAUCAUGGGUGCAAAUGCUGAUGGCCAACAGCUAGAUGAAACUGUCGUUCUCAUUGAUCUGGUUCCACUAGGAGAGAGGUUUGAUAACACCACAGCAUUUCUGACUUUCGAGAAGUUCUGGCGCAAGCAAGUUCCCAUUAAGGCUACCUUGUUUGGUGACUAUGAAGUAUUAUACGUUCGCUAUCCUGGUCUUCCUCAACCACCACCUUCAGCACCAUUUACAACACUAGAUGAUGGGUCUGUCCAUGGAAGUCAUGGAAGGGCUAUACACCCUUUCGGGGUUGACGUGAGUAAGAAAAGGGGGCGAAUUGGUGGGAGCUUGAUAGCUAUCAUAAUCUUAUCUUCUUCCAUAGCUAUAGCCUUGUGCUUCAUAAUAGUUUGGCUUCUGAUAUUGAGAUGUCGAAACCAUACUAGGCAGAUACCUGGAACAGCUCCUCCACUCUUAAUGCCGUCCCUGUCAAAGCCAUCUGCAGGUACAGCUGGAUCUAUGGUAUUUGGAAGUGGGCCCAGUUCUGCGUCGAUGUCAUUUGCCUCGAGCAUCAAUACAUAUGCAGGAGCCGCGAAGACUUACAGUGCAGGUGAAAUAGAGAAAGCAACUAAUAACUUUCAUGAUUCAAGAAUACUCGGGGAAGGUGGAUUUGGUCGUGUAUAUAGAGGUAUUCUGGAUGAUAGGACUAACGUUGCAGUGAAGGUUCUUAAGAGAGAUGAUCAGCAAGGUGGAAGAGAAUUUCUAGCAGAAGUUGAGAUGCUUGGCCGUCUACAUCACAGAAAUUUGGUCAAGUUAAUUGGUAUAUGCAUAGAAGAGAAGGCACGAUGCCUGGUCUACGAACUGAUUGCAAAUGGCAGUGUAGAAUCCCACUUACAUGGACCAGAUAAGGAAACAGCUCCACUUGACUGGGGUUCGCGUAUUAAAAUCGCACUUGGUGCUGCUCGGGGUCUAGCUUAUUUGCACGAAGACUCAAGCCCCCAUGUAAUUCAUCGGGAUUUCAAGUCCAGCAACAUCUUGCUAGAAAAUGACUUUACUCCAAAAGUGUCAGACUUUGGUUUAGCUAGAACAGCUUUAGAGGAGGGAGACCAGCAUAUUACAACACGGGUUAUGGGAACAUUCGGUUAUGUAGCUCCAGAAUAUGCGAUGACCGGGCAUCUUCUCGUCAAGAGUGACGUCUACAGCUAUGGUGUAGUUCUACUCGAGCUGCUAACAGGAAGAAAACCUGUAGACAUGUCACAGCCACAAGGUCAAGAGAAUUUAGUGUCUUGGGCUCGUCCAUUCCUCACAAGUAAAGAAGGUUUAGAGAUGAUCAUCGACCCAUCAUUAGGGUCAAACGCUCCAUUUGAUAGUGUAGGAAAGGUAGCAGCAAUAGCUUCAAUGUGUGUUCAACCCGAAGUCACACACAGACCAUUUAUGGGUGAAGUAGUUCAAGCGCUAAAGUUAGUCUGCAACGAGUGCGACGAAUCAAAAGCAGGAGGUUCAGAAAGUUGUGGCCAAGAGGAUGCAUCAGUUGCAGAUAUGGAAACCAGAACAAGUAGUGAUUCAUCCCAAUUACCAGACUCUUCUUCGCGCGCACGUUAUUCACUGCCCGAUUACAGCCCCAGUCCUGACGCUCAUAGUGGGUUAUCUUUAUCUGCUUCUGACGUAUUUAGCUCUGCAAGAGUUGGAAGACGGGAAUCAGGAUCUUUUAGGAGGUAUUCUAGUUCUGGACCUUUGAGAACAGGGAGGAGUAGACAAUUCUGGGAGAGAGUUCGAGGACUCUCUCGCGGCACAGUUAGCGAGCACGGAGUUGCAUUCAGGUUAUAAACAGAGUUAGAAUCAGGUUAGAAAACAGUACACUCCUACGAUCCUCUGAAGCUUUCUCUGCAAUGCUGUAUAUCAGAAGAACAGCCAGACUCAGGUACUCGCACCUUGCAAAUUAUGACCCACUUGGAUCAAAACGAAUGAGCCUCAAAGGAUUCAAAGCAAAGAAAGAAAUAUGUUUGAUUACUGAGUAAAGCGAAGAGACAGGACAAGCUAUGGCUCAAUUUUGCAAGUUGCAGCACUGGAUAACGGAAGACCCGUAUAAACAGUGAGUUAGAUACUUAAAGUGGGUGGAAAAUAAAUAUCAAAUGCCCCUUUUUACCAUGGGAAAAGAUUUGAUUCAUCACCCCAAGUAGUGAAAAGCAAUGUAACUAAUAGAUGUCAAGUCGUAAUGAUGAACAAUUUUCCAGUGUAAAUUAUAUAUAAUCAUACUGAAGAAACCCAACCUCUUGGUUUCUUCACAUUUCUUAUAGGAUAAAACUGCAAGUAUUAGUACAGUUUUUGCCCAUGUUUCUCCUAAUGCUCAUUAAAAGGAAAGAAAGAAAUCAUGACGGCAUUUGCUUGCUUGUAGCGAUGUGAUGUUUUUUAACCAUUUAAUAUGACCGUGAA